GCCCCAGGGCGUACCGCGGGACGUGGCCGCGCUUGUUCCUCCCUUUCCCUCCCUGCUGGGGGUGCGAGGCCGCCGCUGUCCAGCGGCGCAGCGGCCAUGGCGACGGGCCGUGGCAGUAGGUUAAGGACCUUUGCUGCGAGGCCUGGGGAAUCUUCUGAAACUGUAAAUGCUGGAAUUAAAAGUCUGUACUUGACACCUCCCAUAAAACCAAAACCAAAUGUGCGCUUUGAGAGCAUGCCAUCAGAAAUGCUGCUGAAGAUAUUUUCCUAUUUGGAUGCUGUGUCCCUAUUGGCUGUUGGUUGUGUGAAUAAGCGCUUCCAUGAGCUGGCCAAUGAUAAUGGAAUUUGGCUGAAACUCUGUUCCAGCUCUUUGCACCCAAAAUGGACAAUUUGGAAAAUGAAGUCUAAACAAACAGAAACUGUUUCUGUGGGCUGUGCUGCUUUACACGAUAAAGAGCCUGGGUACUGGAAGAAAGAAUACAUCUUCAAAAAAACAUCUGCCUUCAAAACUAGAGUAAUGCGACUCGUUAAAUUUCUAGAUCCUUAUACAGGUCUUCCAUGUAAAAACAAAGAAGCUAUGAAAGUCUCUGGGUUGAGUUGGAUAAUUGUCUUAAAGGACAAAAAUGGAAAAGAACAUGUAGUGGAGAAGCCAGACCUAUCAUUUAAGGACACAUCUGUUACUGUACUUUGGCAUGGUACAGACUGGCCAUGCUUAGACAUCCUGUCAACCCUGAAACUAUUUGGAGUUACACCGUUGUUUCCUGACCAAAGCAUACCUCCCAACAAGAAUGGACCUCGUCGAUUUUCCUUGAUUGCUGAAUACCAUCUUGCUAACCUGACUGAAAAUAGUGUAGUGGUUGGUGCUGAUGAGCUUGUUCAGCUCUUCAGUCUGAGUCCAGGACUGUUAGUAGGAAUGUGGAAGGGGAAAAAUGAAAUUGCUUUUGUUAUGGCGAAUCUUCAUUAUAAUCAACUUCUUGAGAGAAGCAUUUUGGGUUCUGCUACUGUUCAAUAUUCUCCUCCGCCUAAUAAACCUUUACUGGAUGAUAUUGACUCAGAAUAUGGACUGCAUGACUACAGGCUGCAUCUUGAUCUGCAUGGCAGAAACUGCAUGUACCUGUGUGGAUCCUUCAAGUGCCUCUUCUGCAGAAAACGUGACAUUGAAAAUGGAUAUGUGAGGCUCAUAGUUGUAAACUUAAAGGAUAAUAGGAAGCACUUGCCUAUUAUUGGGACACUUGGCAUAUCCUGGGAAACAGAUGUGUUUAAAGGCAAUGUAAAGGACUGCUUUGUGAUGGAUCUGACUCUCUUGGAUGAAACUGGAAUGCCCUUCUGGUGUUUUAGUGCUCCAGUCCACAUGGAAUUGUCUACCAAGUCAUCUGGCCUUUAUGACUACAUGGGUCAUAUCUAUACUGCAGACUAUGCAGAUUCAGAGGGUAAAGUCUGUGUUGAGUUUGUAUGGUUGGAAGAAACCAAGGAAUAUAUUAUAGUCAGUUUGGUGCUUUAUGUAAGCACCAAAAAGGUAAAUAGCUGGUAUGGAACAAACUACUGACUUAAUUAGGUCACUGAUUUCCUUGUUUUGAGAACCAAACAAACAACCCUGCUACAACAAAAACCACAAUAAAGUGGUGAUGCUUAAGAUUGACACCAACAAGCAAGACUGUUCCUGCAAGGUGUCCAGUAAUAAAUGCAAUUGCCUACAUUUUUUAAUAGGCAAUUGAGGAAUCAAAGAGACAUAUUGAUAUAAGUGAGAGGUUUUCUUCUCUGUUGAACAUUACAUGGUUAGUCUGUUUCUCACUGGCUAUAUUGAAAUUAUUUUUAGGAAGACUUUUCUUUAUAGACACUUGUUACUAUGGUUAAGGAAUUGCUUCUUUUGAGAGCCAUGCUGUGAAGAUGCCU